AUGAACACCAGCGGAAAAACAAAUGUUGUAAAAAAGAGGAGACGAGGGAAGGUUCCUGAAAGCGAACGUCUUCGCACAGCGGUCGCUUGCUUGGAGUGUAAAAGACAAAAAUCAAAGUGCCUCGGAGGAUUUCCAUGCGACAGAUGUGUAUCCAAAAAAGCAAAAUGCAAAAGGGUGCCUCACGUACGAGUUAGUCAAGAAACACUCCUCGCUAGCGAACAGCGACUUUCGUACAUGGAAGCGAUCAUCAAAACGACAUUUCCUGGGAUUGAAUCCUCUUUGGAACAAAUGAAACUCAAGUUGGCUGAGUUAAAUGGAGAUGCUAAGGCUAGAGAGAUGAUAAUGCAUAUUGAUCUCCGGAACGUUCAGCAAUCGGACGACAACGAACGCCAUACUUUUUAUGAGGACGUGGGAUCCACAUCGAGCUUUGUAGCUAGAGCUCACGAAAUAGUCUCACAUGGCUCUUCGAAAACCAGGUCACCAACUGAGCCAUCUGAAAGUAGCGUACCAGUCCAAAACUUGGAAAGUAUAACCAACGAUGCAUCUCAUGUUUUGUCAGACUUGCUCAGAACUGCGCUUUCCUCACUUCCUCCCUUAGCCGAAACAACAAGGCUCAUUAACACAUUCGUAUCUGUUGCCGGCAACAACACAUUUUUCUAUUUUGAUAGCAAAUGGUUUAAAGCUAUCGUGCUGCGAAUAUACCAAAAGAGGUCAGAAUUGGGAUUGACAGAUGUCAAUCAUGUCUGUCUAUUAUACAUGGGGCUUUGCAUGGGUUCUAUCUUUGCCUACGUUUGGAAAGAUAACAAGAUCCUACUGGGCAGUCAGACGGGAAAGUUUCCAGGCUCUACGUUUUACGAGCAUGCUCAGUUACUUUUUCCUGCGGUGAUUAACGAUAGCUCGGUGGAGGCCGUGCAGGUAUUCUUUCUGGCUGCCAUGUACGUUUUAGCAGGACAAGAACUAGAGAAAGCCUAUAUCUACCUGGGAAUAGCUAUGAGAGCGGCUGUAGCUAACGGUAUGCAUAAAAACUUCUUACUAGGAGACAGUUGUGACAAGAAAGUGGCAGAAUCUAGAAAGAGGCUCUUUUGGAGCGUUUACACUAUAGAAAGGCGUUCUGCUAUCGCAUUGGGCCGUCCAGAGACCUUGCCUGUUUCUGAGAUAGAUCUCGACCUCCCGGCUUACUGUGAUGGUCUGGACGCAAAUUCAGAGAACGCAAACGUCAGCUGUAUGAUACUCAUUAUUACCGUGUCUCUUUUAACUAUUAAAAUCCAUGACAUGUGGUUUCGAAGAGCUACAGAUGGCCUGAAGUUUGCGACAAUCAUGGACCUUUAUCAUAGUAUAGAGCGAUGGCGCCGACAGGUGCCUCCGCAGUUCGAGCUGAAAUUGAUGGGUAUCGGUGAGCGCUCUUAUAGAGGAGCCGUUCACGUUCACUUUGCUCACAACUUAGCAAAAAUAACGCUUGGGCGACCAUUUCUCUUACUCAAGCUUAGGUACUCAAAUAUAUCGGCAGAGCUUGACGAGAGCAUGAACUCCUUCGCAUCACAAAUGGUAGGCUACACCUACAAGGCAGCGAGCGAAAUUGUAGAAAUUCUCUUGAAUUUGCGGACCAACAAUUUGCUCUCUUGUUACUCUUUUAACGACUAUAAUGCGUGCCAUGCUGCUUCAUUUGUGAUGGUUGUCUAUUUCGCUCUAAUUCCCUCGACAGAGGUACUUCAAAGGCUAAAUGAGUCUGUUAGCAUUCUGCAACAAAUUUCGCAGAGUUGCAAGUAUACUCAAAGAAGCACUAAUGUCAUUUUGGGUCUGAAGGACAUCAUUCAACAGGGGCAAGGUUAUCAGCGCUGGAUCGAUGAGGCAGUGCUUGGUAUUGGAGAUGCACGCAGCCCCGAUGCUGCUCUUGAUACGAGGCCAAGAGUCAAUGACGAUGAGCCGACGGAAGACAACUGGGGCAAACUCGACGCUUCAUUAGGCGCACUCAAUGACGAAAACAGAUUUCCUCCAGUGUUUUGCGAAGGAUCGUUUCCACUAGAUCCUGACCAUUUCGUUGAAUAUUUUCUUCAAGAGAACAAACCGGAAGACUAA